GGUGCCGGUGCGGGCACGAUGCUGCAACUUCUCGUUUCGUAUGAUAUGAUACCACUACUGAGGGGAAAGAAUACAGAGCUCUAAUAAUGGAUUGGAACUGGAAUUCAUUUUUGGGCAAAGCUAUUUGACGGCAUAUCUUUUCACCUUGUGGAUGUUGCAGUUUCAGGAUUUGUAACUCGGGCAUAGAGCCUACCAGUGCUGUACCGUACCGGUACAAGUACCCCAGUAAGUUAACUGUUAGCUUUGGUCAUCCGUGGCUUUAGGGUCGUCUUGCGGUACGGUAAGGUGCUCGAGUACGGUAGCUGAACCGCUGUUACUUGUGUUGUGUGGCCCGGCUCCAGCGACUGCAGUUGCACACAAAACACCUCAGCAUCAUAGCCUCCUCCGAGCACAACUCCUCCAAGUCAACAUCGACUCCCCUCGACGCCCUCUACCCCUCCCCCACAUUGAUCUCGACUGGACUUGUCUUCCCAAUUUACGAUACUGUUACCUUCACCUUUUUGGCCCUUAGAUUUUAUACUUCUCUUCUGAUUCAUUCUAUGAUCUAAACGACUUUUUCAUAGCUCCUUUCGCCGUCAGCAUCCUCCAACAUGGCCUCCGCUGCUUCACCGCCGUCCGCAUAUACUCGGCGCCGUGUGUCCUCUGCGGCUUCUACGAAACCCAAGUUCAUUGCCGAGAUAAAGCCCCUACUCGACUCACUGGAAUCUUCCGCCUCGGAUCCCGAUGUUCUUGUCCGUCUGCAAUGGCUGUCGUUGCUUAAGCGUAUUCUUGUGGACUCUCCCGAAGCUAAGGGUUUGUUGCUCCAUGCUCCUUUCGAGUUUGCGCUUUGUCAUCCAUACAGUCCCGCUGACCAUACCUGUCGGGAACAGAUACGUUUCGAGCUCUCAAGGGCUUUAACUACUUGGUUUCUGCGCUCCAUUCAUGUUCUGGUUUCUACACCUCCGAGAAUCGGACGGACGAGGAGAAAAACCAUUUCAUAGAGCUGAUUAAAUGUCUCUUCGGUGUGGUCUCGGAAGCUCUGCUCAACCAUCCCGGAAACAAGCGGUUCUUUGCGAGGAGAAUCGGCUGGGAUAGUCUGGAGCAGGGUCUUGCCGCGACUGGGCUUCCCACGGAGGCGCCCGACCAAUUGUUUGGACUUAUCUUGGCCUUUGCGAUGGAUGAUGCUACACUAUCAAGUUUAGUGGUAUCUGUUAAACGGGGGUUGGCAUCGGAUGGUAAAUAUAGGAAGGAGAAGGAUGUUGUGGGGAAAGUGCGCGCUAAAGUUAGAGGAAGCUUUGGCUCUAAAGAUAUACUUGUGAAUGCAGAAAUUACUCCAUUGAUCCUCAGCUUUCAGACAGCGAUGGAACGGACAGAAGGAUCCAAGGUUACAACAGUUGUUGUUUUACAGGCCCUGCUGUCUAUAGCUUCUUCGAGCAAAUCAAACCUGGCUGCUAUGCAUUCAACGGGCAUAUUAAGCACUAUUAUCCCACGCCUAUGGGACGCCUCUGUCCCGGAAUUAGAGCGGGCUAUUCUCAAAGAAUUUGCUCAGUAUCUCAUGCAGCUCGGGAUAAAUCACUUGAACGAUGCCAAGUAUCUUUACAAACGGGCUAUGGUGGAUGAUUCUGUUGCUUCUUUCCUGCUCCAGGGCCUCAAGAUCUCACGGACACCUCCGCACAUUCAAUUUGACCUUUCGCUUCACGGAUAUGCAUCCAUGGAACUUGGUUCUAUAGGCCGUUCAUUCCCCCCCACCCAUACGAGUGGUUUCACGUUCUCCGCUUGGAUUUGCAUUGACACCUUUGACCCUACAAUGCAUACCACUAUUUUCGGGGUCUUUGAUUCAACACAACGCUGCUUUGUUCUGGCUUACAUAGAGCAAGACACUCGAAAAUUUAUUCUGCAAACCUCUGUGGCAUCGCCACGGGCAAGUGUUAGGUUUAAAUCCACUGUUUUUGAGCCCCAAAAAUGGUAUCACAUUUCGCUUGUGCAUCGACGACCUCGGGCCACCUCGGCGGCGAAGGCCGCUCUUUAUGUUGAUGGUGAAUUUGUAGAACAAGUCAAAGCAACCUACCCCCAAAACCCGCCAACCUCUUCAACGCCAGUUCAGGUUUUCCUCGGAACUCCAACGGAUUUGUCCCCCCGUGUUGGCCAAGGUGUGGUCUCAUCGAGAUGGAGUCUUGGAACUGCUCAUUUAUUUGAGGAUGUUCUCUCGGACGACCUUAUUGCCGUGCACUAUCGCCUUGGGCCCUGGUAUCACGGGAACUUUCAAGAUUGCCUGGGGUCUUUUCAAACGUACGAGGCCUCGGCAGCAUUGAAUAUGCGCAAUGAGCUUAUGCACCCCGGAAAAGAGGAAAGGAGCGAUAUAAUAUCUGCUAUAAGGAGCAAGGCGUCAGCCAUACUCCCGGAGGCCAAGGUGCUGCUCAAUCUUUCGGCGCAACAGGUUCUCGACGACAAAAAUGAUAAUAACAUAGACGAGUCGCUAUUAGUGAAGGCUCUUUCUCGGCCUGCAUUGAAGAAUCUACAGUCUUUGACGAGAGCGGGAGCGGUAGCAAUUAAUGGAGCAGUUCCGUCGGUGAAUGAGGCACUAUGCUUAACCCAUGGAGUAGCAAUUAUGACUGGUGAGCCGGUUGUCAUCGUUCCACAAUCCCUGGAUGAUGCCGCCUGGUCAAUUGGCGGUGCAGCGGCUGUGGGGUUGAAGAUGGUUGAAGUUGCAAAAACUGCAAAGCAGGUUUGUAGGGCCGUGGAGAUUCUUUUUGAAAUCACGAAGGGCUCUUGGAGGAAUAGUGAGGCUAUGGAGAGGGACAAUGGAUUUGCAAUUCUGGGGCAUCUUAUUCGAACAAAAGAAGGGAAGGAUGUUAUUGGCAAGGAUUUGCUAAGAGUCAUCUUGGAAUUCGUGGGGUUCAAGCAUGACGCUCCGGAGGAGAGUUUCAUCAUUAAUCCUCUUGCGUACAGGAUUCUGCUCGUCGAUUUCGACAUGUGGAGGAAAGCGGAUACGGAGACACAAAGAGAAUACUUUGCGCAGUUUGUGACAUUUUGUAACGGGAGCAAAUAUCAUCACUUCAAUUCCAAGAGGCUGUUCCGUAUGCGUGAGUACCUGCUGGUCCCUCAUUGCCCCAUUUGGAGGCCUUGACUGAUAUACUGGCCAUUCUUGGCCUGUCUGUCGUCAAUAGGGAUUGUUAAGAAGUUGAUAUUCGCUCUUAAGGGUGAAGUAUUCUCUCGUGAGGUGCUUCCUGAUUUUAUGGCUGCUUUCAAGACGCUUGUGAAGACAAAUAUGUCUGCGGAUGUUCUCCGGUCAUUGGCUCUCUUUAUCACCUACUCAUUACACAAGAAUAACCCCGCGAAGCCGUUAAGAGUUAAAAAGAGUAAUGUACAAUUACGCCGACAACCGACUAUGGGUGUUGGCAUCGCAGGUGCAACUCUAUCACCGGCCAGGUCCAUGAAUGAUCUGAGUGGUGAUGGCCUUACUAGGCAGCAGGUCGGAGUGAUGGUUUUAGAGAUGUAUCAAGAUCUUUUGUUUGAGGAGGGGAACGGAGUUGGCAAUAUUAAGAAAUUUGCUAGAACAGUUACCAAUAAGGUACGUAUUCUUAAACUUUUUUUGUGUAUGCUGAGGAAGGCCCUGGCCUAAGAGCAUGUCCAACAUCUGUGUCCUGGGUCGCAAUUAUUAUGGUCUAUCCUUAAAUGCGCGUUCUGGUACUAUAUUCUUCAGAGUUGCUAAUGUCCCUAAUAAUCGCAGUGGUUGUUGUACCUGUUGGCCGAGAGCGAUCCUAAAGUAGUUAUUAUUGGCGCCAAGAUUCUAGCUCGAUUACUGGUUGUCCAUGGUGGCAGUUACGUCUCGAAGUUUGGAUUAAAAACAGGGGGGUUUAUCGCUAUGCGGAAUAGGCUAAAGAGGUGGUGGAAUGUGGCCCCUCUGUGGCCCAUAUGCUUUGCCGUGUUUUUUGGGAAGGAUGUAGCCAAGAUUGAUGUCUCGAGACCACUAGAUUUGUUUGGUCUUGCUGAGAUGUUCUCCGAUGCUGGGAGCGGAAAAGUGGCAUAUCCUGAGAUGCUCCCAGUCAUUGCGGGAAUGUUGAAAGCUGGCCUUGGCACUAUAGUUGCGGAUCAGAGCGAAGAGGGAACCAGGGUGCCGGGGGAUAACAAGAAUCUAGAUGACGGUAAACUGCAAACACCGAAGACCUCUAGAGCGCGCUCAUUAUCCCUCAGUGACAAGUCGCCUCAGUCAGGUAAGCCCCUGAUCUGGCUCUCAGCCUAUGCAAGUAUUCUAAUAAAUUUGUUCUGAUAUAGUAACGAAUAAAACGGCGGGUAAAAGGCUUGGGGAACUGGCAGGGAUGCUCAAUACGCUUAUACAGUUCUUUGCGCACUUGCAUACAAGUUGCCCAGCCUUCCGGGAAUUUUGCGCGACUUCGUCUUUCAUACGGGAGAUGCUUGGAAUCCUGUUUCCGAUUGUUUGUAGCUCUGAUCAUGUCAGUGCGGAAACGGAGCUGAAUUCGAAAGAUUCAGCACUGACAUUUGACGGCGGAGAUGUAGUGAUUCGACCUUUGGUCUCGAAUGUUGCUCCUCCUAUUGUCCGAACUGUGACUGUUGACGAGCCUCCUAGCCCAACCGCACCACGAUCAGAUAGGUUAAGGAGAGGCUCCAGCUUUAUACUUGUAACAUCAGAGCCGACGCCUUAUACUCCUUCUUCCGCACGCCUUUCGCCCGCCAUUGGGCCUGGUUUGAGGAAUAGCGGCAGCGUAGUGUCGGGCCUGACUGUUUCCAAUUUAGUCGUGGAAAGCCUUCUUGAGCUUGUUAUGACUGUGCUUUCAGACCUGGUGCUGGAGAGGAGAGAGUUUACAGGAUUCGGACUGAGCACAAAGGUAGGGGAAAUGUCGCUCGGGGGUCAACAGCAUAAGUCACCUGUCCUGACACUAAUCUCGCUUCAGAUCCCUCCCGGAUUUCAAGAGCACCAGAUUUACUUUGAAACUUAUCUACUCCGGAACACCUUGAAUCAUCUCAACAACAUUUUAGGAUUCGAUAGAAAGAAGCUUUGCGAACCACGAGUCUUGACUAGUAUUGGGAGAUUUGCGGCACAUAUGACCGACUGUGUAUAUGAAGGUUAGUGUGGUUAGCCGCCCCUAGCUUGUGGUAGGGUAGGCUAAUAGUAUCUCUAGGGUGGUUCUUGAAUGGGGCUGAAAGCUUGCUCGAUUUCGUUGGAACAAUAUUGGAAUAUAUACAGCGGCCGGAAGUUGCCAAACAAAAGAGUGUUCGUCUAUGUAGCCAAACUGCAGCAGGUCUAAGAACCGCGGUAUCGCGACUAGUUCUUUUUAGACUGUCAGAACUUGAUGAUCCAAAAUCAGAUCCCCGACAAGUGGUUGGUUUUCUCGGAAAGAUGAUGUAUUGGCAAGCGGUUAUUCUUUCCCCGGAAAACACGGAGGGCGAGUUUACGAGGCUUAUAUGCUAUCUUCUCUAUACCCGAUUGAUAGGCCAACAACAAGACAUAAAACUCGCUGCUGCCAAUGUUUGUGCUCCUGUUUGGUUUAAUUUGAUAUUUUCUCUUAGUCAAUAAUUGCUUACUGUGUGCUUUUUUCUUUUUCUUUUCAUCUUUCCAUUUAGAUGCUGCGGAUUGUCUUAGUACAGAAACCAGCAGAGACGUCGGCAUUACUAAACCAAGCCAAAACAAUUGAUCAUAAGCAGUUGUCUUCAGGUUUUACAAAACUGCUGGAAUUGGUAGGAUGUUUUCGCUAGGAUUUGUUGGGUCAAAAAUGAACUGACAUAUUUCUAGGACAAUGAUACUUGGCUGGACUGGAUUGACGAUCACCGAGAGGAUUUGGACGCCUUUUUCUACGGGGCUCUUUCUAAGACAUGGGAAUCCUUUGUCGCGGAGGAAAACAAGAGAACCACGGAAACUGCGAAGGCCCGAUCUUCAAAACGCAAGGAAAAGCUGAAGCAGUGGAUUUUAGAUGACAUGAACAACGAGGACGUUUAUCGUCGCCACGAGUCUGCAUCCUCGCACUGGAUGGUCAACAUCUAUAACUCGGAACAUCUUAAAUUUCAGAGGGCCACGCAAGAUCAGCAGGACAGUUUGAGCUAUGUUAUCUCUUCAUAUUCAAAACUUGAGACAGAUCUCGUGAGGCCCUGUGGACUACUUGAUGACGGCCAAGAGACUAAAUGGCGGUUGGACUUGACUGAGGGGAGGAAUCGGAUGCGAAAGCGGAUGUUGCCAGACUCAAGCGCUCAUUUGCACAACUACCAGCCCAAACGGAGGCUUACAGGCGGGUUGGGCGGGAAUGCCGGGGCAAGCAAAUCCCAUUCGCUAUCCGUGGAGGACGACGAGAUUAGUAUUAUCACAACCAGAGAGACAGACUCACUUGACCAGUCGCAGCACAACUCGGCGCGCGAUGGAGGCGAAGACGAUUUUGAAGAGGAUUAUGAAUUAGUGGACGAUCCACGGGAAGACGAUGACGGCUGGGAAGACAAAAACAGAAAAGUCAUGAGAACAAUCCAGCAUGGUGAUGUGGUUGAGUAUGUUCAAAACGUCUCUAGGCUGGUCGGAUUGGAUGCAGUGGAAGGGCUUCUCAUCUUGGGGAAAAACUGCCUCUACCUUAUCGACAACUUCUUCCAACGGUCCGAUGGGGAAAUCGUGAACGUCUGGCAGGCGCCUAAGGACGAAAGGGAUCAGUAUCUACAAAUGAUUUCCGGGAGAGAAGCCGAGGAUCGGAAAUCCGUCUCCGUUAAUAGCGAUCACGAGACUAGGCAUUGGCCAUAUGAAGAUAUGAUUAGCAUUAGUAAACGGCGGUUCCUAUUCAGGGAUGUAGCUUUGGAGCUGUUUUUCUCGGAUGGCCGGAGUUACCUUUUGACAACUAUGGCUGCCAAAGAUAGAGACUUUUUACAUUCUAAGCUCCUAUCAAAAGCUACUAAUGUUAAUAACAACCCGGCAUUGCUCCAUGUUGGUGAUGCGUGGCGGAUCGAAGCACUGAAGACACAGGAUAACGCGACAAACUUUGGAUCCAAGCUCGUUAAUGUCUUCACAUCUAACAUUCCUAACCCUGCGACAAGGAAAUGGAUUAAAGGGGAAAUCUCAAAUUUUCAUUACCUUAUGCUUGUGAACACCAUGGCAGGGAGAACUUUCAAUGACCUAACCCAGUACCCAGUCUUUCCAUGGGUUCUGGCAGAUUACACCAGCGAGGAGCUGGAUUUGACAAAUCCGAGAACCUUCCGGGAUUUUUCGAAACCUAUGGGCGCGCAGACACAGGACAGGCAGCAUGAAUUCCGGGAGCGAUACCGCUCUUUCGAGGAGAUCGGCGAUCGGCAAGCUCCCCCCUUUCACUAUGGCACACAUUUCUCAUCGGCUAUGAUUGUUUGCUCGUACCUUAUCAGACUUCAGCCUUUCGUCCAGUCGUACCUACUCCUACAGGGCGGAUCGUUUGACCACGCAGACAGGUUGUUUUACUCCAUUGAAAAGGCCUGGGCAUCGGCUUCGAGAGAUAAUAUGACUGAUGUCAGAGAGUUGAUUCCCGAGUUUUUCUUCUUGCCAGAGUUCCUAGUAAACUCUAAUGCAUACAAUUUUGGUAUGAAGCAGGGGACUGAUGAAGCUAUCGACUCGGUCAAACUCCCACCAUGGGCAAAGGGGGACCCCAAAAUAUUCAUUGCAAAGCAUCGAGAGGCCCUCGAGAGCCCAUACGUGAGUCAACACCUCCAUGAGUGGGUUGAUCUUGUGUUUGGAUUCAAGCAGCGGGGUGAGGCCGCUAUUGAGGCGACCAAUGUGUUCCAUCACCUCUCGUAUCAUGGCGCGAUCGAUUUAGAUAGCAUACAAGACCCUGUUGUGAGAUUGGCUACUAUAGGAAUCAUUCAUAACUUUGGUCAAACUCCUCAUCAAGUCUUCACUAGGGCGCACCCGGUGAGAGAGGAGAUAACCCACAAGAAUGCGAGGUUAGACCUUGGCGCUGAAUCCUUAAUUAGACUUCCAUUUCCUCUUCUCGGUAGGUUUUGGAUACCUUAAAAAUCCUUAGGGCUCAGCUAACAAUCACAGAUAACAGUGAGAGAGUUAGCUCCCUUGUAUACUCGGCCAGGUGUGAGCGGGUAUUUUGCUCAAGCUCCUUUAGACUCAAUCUCCCCCCUACUUACGAUAAAUAUAUGGAGUGGGGGUUUACCGACGGAAGUGUGCGAUUCUAUCAUUUCGAUAACAAAAAAGUGAGCCAUAAUAACCGGCUCCCCUCCCUAUCACUGAAACUAAUUGAAAUAGCUAUGCGGCCACCACGAACAUCUGCAUCGAGGGCAGGUAUCCUCUGCCAUCUUUGCUGACCCCAGAACGCUGAUUACUGCCGGGACGGACGGCACGAUUUCUAUGUGGCAAGUUCAAAAUACCUCAAGAUCAGUCGAACUUCAACUCAAGACAUGCUUGUUUGGGCAUGUCAAGCCAGUCACUAUCAUGGCGAUGUCGAGAUCUUUCAGCACUCUUGUUAGCGCCUCAAGCGAUGAUACCGUCCUUGUUUGGGAUCUGAAUAGGCAGAGGUUCGUAAGGCAGUUAAAGAGCGAUUCAGCGGUUCAGGUGUGUGUGAAAAUUAGCGGCGUUUUCGCGCAGACUACUAAUUCAGCAUUUAGUGCAUAAGCGUCAAUGAUGUCUCGGGAGAUAUCGCUAUCUGUAAGGGUAGCGGAGUGACCAUGUAUACCCUGAACGGCGAGCUCAUCCUUACGCAGAACAUCUGUGACUUACCUGAAGACAAUGUCUUAUGUUGCGCCUUUUACGAGGGUCUCGGGAAUGAGUGGUUAGAAAGAGAACUUUUUUUCACAGGUCAUAGACGCGGAGUGGUCAAUGUGUGGAGCAAAACCGUCGUGGAUGGGAAAUUCAAACUUCUGUCAGUCAACACCCUGCAGCACGUCAACCAAUUCCAAACAGAAAUUCAGGUGUCCGCGGCUAUUUCGGCUAUCCACCCAACGCCGCAGGCAGUGUAUACGGGGGAUGAAAAUGGGAAAGUUGUAUGCUCCCCUUUGGACCAUCUAUUUCUCAAGAGCUAAUAUUAUCACUAGCACGAGUGGGAUUGCCAACUGGUUCAGCGGAAUCAGUCGCCUAUUCUCGUUCGAUAGACUUGCUAUUACUAGCGGGGCGUUACGCUUUAUGAGCUUAUGGGUUGCUUCUGAUGUCCUUUUUUUCUAUUUUCUAUUUUCAUCAAACCACCUAUCUCUUUGUCUGAAGCUACCUUCUGUGCAUACAAUAACUGUUUUCGCAUUUGCUU